AUGGUACCAACGCCGCGAUACCCUCUGAUUGCCGUGGUCGGCGCGACGGGGACAGGCAAAUCAGAUUUGGCUGUUGAGAUAGCAUGCAAGUUCAACGGCGAGAUUAUCAAUGGAGACGCGAUGCAACUGUACGAAGGCCUGCCAAUCAUCACCAAUAAGAUCACCCGAGAAGAGAUGAAGGAUGUGCCACAUCAUCUUCUCGGCUGUAUUGGACUGCGAGAGGAGACUUGGACAGUGGGGAAGUUUGUCAACAAGGCGCUUGACGUAAUCAGUGAGAUUCGGGGUCGAGGCAAGACUCCAAUUCUCGUUGGAGGGACUCACUAUUACACGCAGUCGCUCUUAUUCCAUGAUGCAUUGUCGCGGGAAGAGUCCUUGAAUCUACAUUCAGACCAUGAGAGGCUCCCCAUCCUCGAUGAGCCGACAGAGGUCAUCCUUGCCAAGCUUAAAGAAGUUGACCCAGCCAUGGCGGAUCGAUGGCACCCAAAUGAAAGGCGUAAGAUACAACGCUCGUUGGAGAUCUUCUUAAAGACCGGAAAGCCUGCCUCUCAGAUCUAUGACGAGCAGCGGCUGAGGAGAGAACAGUCGCCCGGCCUCCCAGAUGCCGAUCUGACAAGCAACACGGGCAUGCGCUUCCCUACUUUGGUGCUCUGGGUGCACGCGAACAAGGACGUACUCUAUUCACGACUAGACGAACGCGUGGACAAGAUGAUUGCUAAUGGACUAUUGGAAGAAGUCAACGCUCUCGCACGCUUCAAACAAGACUACGAGACUGAAUCCAAGAUCGCUUUGGACCAAAGCCGUGGUAUCUGGGUGUCGAUAGGCUACAAAGAAUUUUUGAAAUACCAAGAAGGUCUAGGCAACCCAGCGUCAAGCGCAGAGGAUCUUCAGCGGCUCAAGACCGAGGGCAUCGCAAAGACGCAGGCCGCGACAAGACAAUACGCAAGUCGCCAACUGAAGUGGAUCCGAAUCAAGCUACUCAAUGCUCUCAUUAGAGCAGAUCAAAAGCUUAAUGUCUUUUUAUUGGAUGGAACCAAUCUUUCCGAAUGGAAAGACCAUGUGGUCUCGCCAGCAUUAGAUCUCACCGAACAUUUUCUUGCUGGUCAAGCCCUUCCACGUCCUUCUUCGCUCUCUGCCAUUGCGUCCGAUAUGCUGGCCCCGAAACGCGAUUAUGAUCUCGGACAACGGCCGGAUCUUUGGCAGAAGAAAGUUUGCGAUACUUGUGGUACCAUUGCAGUCACUGAGAAUGACUGGAGUCUCCAUGUCAAGAGCCGCGCGCACAGGCGAGCCGUUGGCCUAGAAAAGAAGCAGAAGAAUACCUAUGUUGGGAAGAAGCUGGAGCAAAAGGCAGUCCAUGCAGAUCUAGUUGAUGUGCUUGAAGAUUACAUGCACGCCUUUCCGGAGGAUGGAACCGAUGAGCAAACAUGA